UCCCUAAACACACCAUGUUAUCACGUAUCUGUAAAAUAGGCAUUUGCUUCGAUAAGAUAACAAGUCGAAUCGUGUAGGUGUAUCCGAAGUAAAAGUUCAUCUCGGGUACGUAAUGCACCUGCUGAAGUUGAAAUUGUUCUUGCUUUAAUAAAUGUGAUCAUAAAUAAUAAACAAUGAGUGGAGAAAAUGAACCGCGGUCAAAUCGACAAGUUGAACACACACUGACAUUGGACGAAGUGCUCGCAACACAACCUGAAUUGGGGCCAAGUAUACCCGAUGGGGGCUUUGGAUGGGUUGUUUUUAUUGGGACAUUAUUUUUUCAAACGUUGAUUCCCUGUCUUCUCGUUAAUUUUGGAAUUUUUCUGGCCUUCUGUAAAUUGGAAAAUGGCACAUUCGAAGACAAAAAUAUGUAUCUCUGGUCAGAAAAAAUUCUUUAUGUACCACUAUUCUUCUGCAUAACACGGAGCUUUUUCGACUCCGCUGCACGUAACGUUACCUCCAACUCUUCAACACCUCGACUGAUUGCAGUUGUUGGAACUUGCCUGACUUGUGCUGGUUUGCUGUUCAUGUGGAUGGGGAUAACCGGGAAAAACGACGAUUGGCUGUUUGCUCCGGCGGGAAUGCUCACAGGUCUUGGUGCAUCUCUCCUAAUGGUCCAAUGCGAAAUUCUUUUAGCCCAAUAUUUCCGCAUGAAACUCGCCGUUUUGAACCAAAUUUCGCAAUUCGUUAUGACUUUGGGCUUUUUGGUGGCACCUAUAGCGCUCGGUCAUCACAUCCUCAACACCAAUGUGACCCAAGUUUUAUUAUGGUACCAAGCCAUAAUCCUUCAAGGACUAGUCGUUGCCCUAUUUUUCAAAAAACCCUUAUACCUCAAAUCCAAAAUCCUCAACAAACCGUAUCAAUUUGUAGUGUCAAAUCCCGACGAUGAAGAGGAUAUUUUAUCGAAAAACUCUCGAGAGUUGCAAAUACGACGUCAGACAAGCACCGAAACCCAAGUGAAGAAAAUACCACUCGACCAGCCCAGCACUAGCACUCAGAAGGAGUUCACAUUGACAAGUGACGAUGAAGUUGAGGAAAAUAAGAAGAAAUGGGAGAAAUUCGACGAAGUGGAGGACGAUAUAAAAUAUGCGAAACUAAACGAGUGGGAAGUUUUUGACGACGAGGACGAUAAAAACGUCGUGGGGCAAAGACAAAACUGGGAACGUUUUGAAGAAGACCAGUCUUCACCUCGAAUUGUCAAUAAUCUCUCUCUGGCUGAAGAAACAAAUUCUUAUCCAACCAAUGAAAAACCAUCACCUUUGUUCGCCGAUCUUCCUGUAAAUAACAACAAUACGUACGCUUACGACGACGAAAUCGUCGCAGAAGUGACAAAUUCAAACGUCUUUAUGCCAAACAGUGUGGAUAAUAGCCACUUUAAGAAACAUCUAGACGUAUUGAAAGAACCAACUUUUUACAAAUCUCUGUUGAUGAUGAUUGCUAACACGUACUCGACUUUUGUUUUCUAUGCCCUAUUUCCAAGUUAUUUGUAUGUCGAAGCAGAUUCCGUCAAUAUAAGGCAUAUGACUGGGUUAAUAGGGUCCUUGGCUUUGGUAAACUUGAUCUUUUUGUGCAUCGCUUAUUGGAUUCCUUUGGAUAAAAAGAAGAGAGCGGUCUGCUUGUGGAUAUUCUACUGGAUUGGAUCAGUGGGUUAUUAUAUGAUUGCUGAUUUUACGCAAGAAUCCGUUCUUCUUAUUGGAGCUGUCCAAGUCGUACUAAGCAUAGGAUCAUUAGACCACUUAGCAAAACCACUUCUUGGAAUUUCAGCAAGAGGAGGACCCACAAGCGAACAUCAACUACUAACAACUCUCAGCAGUCUUGCUCUUUUAAUAUUUUUGUGCUUCGAUGCUACAUUCAAGACCUGUUUCCGUCUCGUGGCAGUUUUGCAUUUUUUCACUGGAACCUUAUGGCUAUCAAACUUCGUUUACAAAAGAUUAAGAGUACGAUAGUUUUUAAAAUAGGUGUAUUUAUUAUGUUACAAGAAAGCCAUUUUUAUAGUGAUAAUAAAAGCAUAUUUGAUAUUAA